AUGCGCCUGGCCAACCAAGCUCUUUUGAGCUUCGUUGUUGGGCUGUUCCUUGUGAGCUCGGCCGGAGCAACAGAUGUGUACCAGACACGUUUCGAAGGUGUGACAUGGGACAACGAUGCAUGGAAAAUCGAGUCAAGCAAUUUAGAUCAAGGCCACUACCAGGCCCGCAUGUCACUGGCCAAUGGCUAUAUCGGUAUCAAUGUUGCUGCAUUAGGUCCUUUCUUUGAAUAUGACCAGCCUGUGAACGAUGACAACAUCAAUGGUUACCCGGUCUAUGACCGUCGCCAGACAUUUGCCACUGUCUCAGGCUUCUGGGCCGAGAAGGAUGCAAGCUACAUUAGUGGCAUUCCACAUUGGUCAGCGAUAUCUCUCUCGAGUGGUGGUGAGGUGUUGAAUGCCUUUACGCCGGCGGCGGAGAUAUCCAACUUCACCACACGCAUGGAUAUGCGUCGGGGGCUACUGGACUGGGCAUAUCAGUGGAAACCAACACGAAGCAAUGUCUCGUUUGAUAUUACGUAUCAGAUGUUCCUGCACAAAUUGAACGUCAACCAGGCCCUGGUACAGAUGAAUGUCACACCUUCUGCUGCGGUUUCAGUCAACAUUUACGACAUCCUCGACGGUGACUGUGCGGUCCGCUCCACAUUUGCAGAUAAAGGAGUUGAUGACGGCAUUAUGUAUUCGGCCGUCAAGCCUAACGGUAUCGAUGAUGUUACAGCAUACAUUUACAGUCAGCUAGAGGCCACUGCCGGGGGUUCACUGCCUUCGCCUAAUGUCGUCAACAGUUCAGCAUGGUUGGGAUAUAAUGAAUCCUCCAUUGCCCGGACCUAUAGUUUUAAUUUGGAGCCAGAAAAAAAACUGACUCUGACAAAGUAUGUCGGUAUCGCUUCAGCGGACGGAUUUAGUGACCCGCAGGCGGCAGCUCGCAACGCCGUCAUUUCUGCUGCCAGCACAGGCUAUGACGCCUCUCUCAAAAGUCACCAAGAGGAGUGGGCUACCAUAUUCUUUGACGAUUUGGUAGAUGACUAUAAGACAGACAAUGGUGUGCUGCCAGACGAUCCUUACAUCCAAGAACUCGCAGUUCUCUCAGUGGUCAACCCAUUUCUGCUGCUUCAAAACACUAUCUCUCAAAAUGCACUGGCGUUGGUUCCUGAUGCCAGCAUUGGCAACAACAGCAUCCCUGUUAGCGGGCUAGGCUCAGACUCAUAUGCUGGAUGGAUAUUUUGGGAUGCCGACUUAUUCAUGCACGGUGGCCUCGUGGCAACCUUCCCUGAGGCGGCGAAGAGUAUCCCUCUGUAUCGUGCCCGGAACUUGGCACAAGCGCGACUCAAUGUUGCAGACAAAUCAAGUUCCACACAAGGGUCCAAGAGUUUCUCGAAUCUUUCUGCCGUUUAUCCGUGGACGAGCAGUCGUUAUGGUAACUGCCAGUCUAAUUGCUUUGACUACGAAUAUCACAUAAGUGGCGACAUAGUAAUAUCGGCCAUGACCCAAUUUGUUGCUGAUGGAGAUAUGGGGACCUUCGAGAAUGACUACUUCCCCGUCCUAGACUCGGUGGCUGCAUUCUAUGCAGACCUUCUGACUCCAACAAAUGGCAAAUACGACCUCACCUCUAUGACAGACCCGGACGAAUACGCAAAUUCCAAGGACAACGGUGGUUUUACCAUGCCAUUGAUUGCCAGCACCCUCAACUGGGCGAAUCAAUUCCGCGAGCAGCUCGGUAUGGAGCCUAAUGCACAAUGGGCCACGGAGGCAGACUUGGUGGAUAUACCUACUCUCAAUGGCAUAUCGCUCGAAUAUUCUGGCAUGUCGGGUGACAUUGUUAUCAAGCAGGCGGAUGUUAUUCUAAAGAUUUACCCGUUACUUUGGAACAUCAAUUACACCACGACUGAUGCGGUGAAUGAUUUCACAUAUUACUCGCAGAAGCAGAAUCUUCAAGGUCCGGCUAUGACAUUUGCUCCGUUCUCCAUAGUCGCCAGCCAGAUUCAGGAUCAGGGAUGUGCUGGCUACACGUAUCAAAAUUACGGAUCGAACCCCUACCUUCGUGGACCAUUCUUCCAAAUGUCGGAGCAGAUGAGCGAUAACUAUCAAGAGAACAGUGGCUACCAUCCUGCAUUCCCUUUUCUCACAGGACACGGCGCAGAUUAUCAGGUUGUUCUCUUCGGAUACCUAGGCCUUCAAUAUAUACCAGACGGAAAGCUCCAUAUCAAUCCAGUUUUGCCUCCACAGAUCUCCCAACUACGCUACCGUCGAUUCUACUGGCAGGGAUGGCCACUGGCAGCCUCUGCUAACGUCACCCACACGACGUUGACUCGCUUGAGUGAGCCUCUUCCAAAUGCCAACCAGGAAUUUACAAAUAGUCCUAUCCCCGUCAUCGUUGGAUCUUCCACAGGCUCGCAAGACACCUAUUCUAUCCCCGCAGGCGGGACGAUUCUUGUGCCCAACCGCCUUGCCUACAGUAAUCCAACUGUAGCGGACAAUGUAUUGCAAUGUGCCGUUGUCAAAAAGUCUUCAGCCGAUUACAACCUUGGACAGUUUCCCAUGGGUGCCGUCGAUGGUUACAAUAUCACCCAAUGGCAACCGGCGUCAGCAGGCGUCAUCUCGAGCUUGACCGUCGAGGUCCCUGCAGAACACGUAAACAAGAAACUAGAAAAAAUUGCCUUUAAUUGGCAGGCCUCACCUCCCGUGCAGUUCACUGUGACCGGAAGCAGUAGUAUAGAUGGCGGGAAUGAUGCUGUUGUGAUAGCGGAUACUAUCGCUGUUGAUAUAUCCCAACCGUAUGAUGCCAGCUCAUUAGCAGAUGUUGCCAUUUCGUCUGGCAAUCAGACCGUAUUUACGCCGUCACAGGACUUCACUAUUCCUCGAUAUGUCACUCUUAGCAUCUCAGGAAAUCAGGCCAGUGCUGACUCGAUGAGCAAUAGCACGGAGGGAGCUACUGUUGCUGAAUGGGCAAUGAUUGCUACAUAA